GCCUUAUCUGCAAGUGGAGGAACUCAAGAUUGAAGAGUAAGGAUAGCUCAGCUCUCCUCUCAGUCUCUCACUUCAGUGGUGGAAAUCUUUUGAAAAUUAGUUCGAAAUAUUGAAAUUGUUUUAGUUUAAAUCUCUAAAAUGGCGAACGCUCUAUGCUUCACACUUGUAAGCUCCUUCAAUUCCAACAGUAAACCUGGUCUUUUAAAUGGUUCUUCUAAUGCUCGGAAGUUUUUUCGGGUUGACGAUCUGUUUGGGAAGUCUCGAACUGCUAAGUUUCAGUCUGUCCAGCCCAAGGCUGCAGACAGUAGUAAAAGCUCCAAACCAAGUAGCAUAGUGUGUGUUGAUUGUGAUGGAAAUGGUGCAGUGCUGUGUUCUCAGUGCCAAGGUAGUGGAGUGAAUUCUGUUGACCACUUCAAUGGGCAAUUCAAAGCUGGUGGCUUAUGUUGGCUUUGCAGGUUUCUGUGGCAGAGUGUGGCCCCCUGCGCCAAGACACAUGGGGGUGAAAUGACUGGCUCGCUCGCCAUGAAAUGGAAAAUGACAUCUCUGGCAAUGCUUCCUCGUGCACUCCCAUUGGCCCUCUUGCACACGAAGGAACCGCACUCCUUCACAGGAAACACUUCCCCUACUAUUAUUUAACAUUAUGGUCAUGGAUAGCAUCAUCUUCACUGUCCUGGAAUGUAAGAGCAAACAAAUUUGAAAAAGCAAAGAUUUUGGCUAAAAAGGAAUUCUUGCAUCUACAGAAGGCAUGAAUUUGUGACACAGCGGAUGUGCUGUUGUUUGGGAUGCACAAUUUGUUGGCUUAUAUCAAGGAGAUUUAUAGGUCAAGAUUUAGACUUCCAGAUGGCUGAGGUCAUUUGACUUGUAAAACAAUUUUUGACUAGGCAAAUUUCUCCUGUCUG